AUGGUAGAAUCUUCACAAAAUGCUAUUAAUUUAAUUAAAAAACAAUCGGUUUCGAUUAGCAAGUUCUUAGAAAAUGACAAGUUGAUGGAAUCAUUGAAAUGUUAUUCCCUUGUCUUGAACCAAUUGAGGUUGGGCCAUCUGAAGCCAAAACAGUACUAUGAGCUAUAUCUAGCGGUUUUCGACUCUUUGUCCAUUCUAAAAAGUUAUCUUUAUAGUAAUUUUAUUAGUAUUGAUAGUAAUGCCAACAAGAUCAACCAACUACAAGAUCUGUAUGAGUUAGUACAAUACUCAGGCAACGUGCUGCCAAGACUGUAUCUGAUGAUAACUGUCGGAUCAGUAAUACUGGCUUCAAACGACGAAUCAACACCUUCUCGGGAAUUAUUGAAAGAUAUGAUAGAAAUGUCAAGAGGUAUACAAAAUCCAACAAGAGGCUUAUUCUUACGCUAUUAUUUGUCACAGAUGACAAAUGACUAUUUUAAUAACAAUCAUCCGUCCACAAAGGAAGACCUACUCUUUGAUUUAGAGUUUAAUUUUAAUAAUUUCACAGAAAUGAAUAAGCUGUGGGUACGUCUACAACAUCAGGGUCCUUUAAGAGAAAGGGAUUUACGUUCACAAGAAAGAAUUGAUUUGAAAAUUUUAAUUGGUUCACAAUUAGUUAAAUUAUCACAACUAAUUGAUGCAAAUAACUGGGAUAUUUAUAACGAUGUUUUUUUGAAAAAUUUCUUACUACAAUUGAUUCAAUGUAAUGAUAAAAUUUCACAAGAAUAUUUGUUCGAUGUUUUAUUCCAAAUUUUCCCUUUAAAUUUUCAUCUGAAAUCUUUAAAUUCUUAUUUGAAAACUUUACCAGAUUUGAAUUCUUCUGUUUCAAUUGAUUUGAUAUUUAAAAAUUUAAUUUCAAAAUUUAUCAUCUCUAAAGAUGAAAUUGAAAAGAACUCAUUGGAUUUCACAAUGGAAUUAUUCAACUUCGUUGAUCAAUUCUUAUCUGAAAAUAAGGAUUACCCAAUUGAAAACUUAUGUUCUCUAUUAAACUCUUUAAUAGCGCUAAAUUUAAUUUAUAAACCAUCGGAUUUUCAUAUCAUUGAUAAAAUUUUUAAUAUUUUAAACUUACGUCUCGAGUUAAACCCAAAAAAAGAAAAAGAUACCCAUCUGAUAGAAUUCCUACUCUGUAUAGGUUUAAACGAAUAUAUUGAUGAUAAACCUAAUUUUUAUUAUAAUUUGAUCAAAUGUUGUGGGAAUUUUAUCAAUGUUAUUAAUAUAUUGGAUAACGAUUCUUCUUUGAAAAUCAUUCUUCCAAUAUUAAAUGAGUUAUGUCAGUCAAAUAAAUUAGAUAAUAUUAUACCCUUGAAUGACUCUAAUGAUUUUAAUUUUUUGAGAAAUUUUUUGAAAUUUUUAAAUCCAGUUUUAUCAUUAAAUGAUUUUGAUAUUUCAAAUCCAAUUAUUGAACUAUUACUAAAGUUCAUAAAUCAAUUGCUCUUUGUCAAUAUAAAUAUAAAGCAUUUGAGAAAUUUAAAACAGUUGAAUUUAAAAAUUGAAUUCAUUCUAAUUUUGAAAAAUUGGUUUUCUGGUAAUCCUAACUUAAUUAGAAUAUUUUAUCCACUUUUGAUUACAAAUUUUUGGAAAUUGAUCAGAUAUAUUGAUCAUUUAAAAUGUAAAAUUAAAAAUAAUGAAAAUAUAACAGAAUAUUGUGAAAAUCAAUUGAAACAACUGUUCAAAUAUAUUUCACGUUGUAUUAAUGACAUAUUCAAUUAUAACGAUAAAACCGAUAUUGAAUUGAUAGAUUUAAUCUUUAAAUUGUUCCUACAAACAGCUUCAAUCUCAGAUCAAUUGAUGUUAAAUGAAGUAUCUUACGAUUUUUAUUCACAAUCAAUUACACUCUAUGAAGAAUAUAUUGUUGAUUCUACCCCGCAAUUCCAAGCAUUAAUUUAUUUAAUACAAUCAUUACAAAAAACAAGAUCGUUGUAUUCAGAGGAAAAUUAUUAUAACAUUCUAAUAUUAAAGUGUAUUUCCCAUUCAACUAAAUUGUUGAAGAAAAAUGAUCAAUGUAGGGCAGUAUACUAUUGUUCACAUUUAUGGUGGCAAACAGAAAUAUCGUCAAUUGGUGAAAAUGAAGAGUUGACAAAGUUUGACAACAGAAAUGGUAAAAGGGUGCUGGAGUGUUUACAACGAUCUUUAAGAGUUGCGGAUUCGAUAAUGGAUAAUGUUCUAAGUUGUGAAUUAAUGAUUGAAAUUUUAAACAGGUGUUUGUAUUUUUUCAUUCCUUCCAAUUCAAAUUAUGAUUCUACGAUUUCAAUAAAUUAUAUUAAUGGGUUGAUAGAAUUGAUAAAAGUCAAUUUGAAUUCGUUGAAAUUGCAAGAAUCAACAAUUGAGAAUAAUCAAUUUGAUAGCCGGAUAUCAGCCUCUUCGCCAUCUUCAAGAGGUUUGGAUAUUGUUGAAGAUUGUGUCAUCUCUGUAGACGGUAACUUUAUUGAAUAUAACAAGAAUUUCAAUAAGAAUUCCGCUUCAUUGAGUAAAACAAACCAAUUGCUUCAAGUGCCUCUUUCUCAUUUUAAUAGAACUUGUGAAUAUAUAAUUGAACAACGAGAUAUUGAUGAAAGGUUCACAAUGAUAAUAAUAUGA